AAGCUCCCUUGAUCAUCACUUUCCAGGUGACAACAUCUUGUUCAGGCAUUUCACGAACACAUUUAGGACAUGAUCGACAUCGCCAUUGUCCAGCAAACCUAGUACGGUCUUCUUGUCCGGAAUAUCAUCAAACACAUUCAAAGCGCCGCCACCGGAACCAGAUUUUUUAAUUUCGGAUUAAGACAGCUAUUGCCCAGAAAAUAAUUAGUCAAUAGCCCAUUUAUUGUUCUCACAUUGCUUUUUUCUGUUUAUUUUUUUUUUGGUAUAGCGGUGAUUUGAUAUAUUAAUAUCAGGCAAAUUACAUUUACAAAAUCAGAAUUUCAAAAGUUGUAGGGAUUCCCAUGGGUACGGGCCAAAAAUAUAGUCAUCAAGAACUAGCUAAUGCGAUACCAUAGUUGCAGAACUUCAUUCAUGCUUGAUUCUUCCGGUUUUUGCAAGGAUAUGAGGACGUUUCUCAUGAGCCGAUCGACCUUGAACUGCAUUUGGUUCAGCAAUAUCCACUGAUCUUUGUGAACACGGCCGUUUCUCUCCUUCCAUAUCUCAUAUACUACUAAUUGCGUCAACAACUUCAUCACGGUUCGCUUUUUUCUGUUUAUCACAUACCGUGGAAGAAAAUCAAUUUAAGACACGACGGUCCUUUUGAUGUGAUUACCCUACAAGAAGAAAUUUCAUCGCUUGAAACUUCACAGCAUAAAAAACUUUGACGAUAAUGUCGGAAGGAAGUUUGAAACUUCCAUAGAAACUUCAGGUCGUCCGAACCAAAAGUAAACGUUUUCUUUUUUCAUCUCUUUUGCUUUUAAAAGCUCUCUGUUUACGCCAUCUUCACAUCCACCAAAAAAAAGGCACACACACAGAAGAAGCCAUAUAUGGGUUUGCUUCUGCUUCAAGUUCUUCUGCAGUUCUUGUUCCUACUUCCUAUGCUAGGAUCUUCAACAAUCAACGUAGCCUUACCCGAUUGCGAAUAUAAAUGCGGAAACAUCAUCGUCCCUUACCCGUUCGGGAUAGGCCGAGGAUGUUACCUCGAAACCGCAUAUGCUGUAGAGUGUCAGAAACCGAACAACUUGCUUCUGCUCCAAGAAACCAGGGUCCCCGUUAUCAGCAUAUCACUUGAUGGGUACCUACGAGUGGCCUUAAACGUGUCCCGAAACUGCAACGGCAGCGAAACCGAAGAGGGUUCGGUAAUCUCGUACUCGUUUUCUCAGUUUGCUACAUCGGACAUCAGAAACAUGCUCACUGGUGUCGGGUGUGGAACAGCUUCUCUGCGUGAUAACGGAAACAUCGGAAACCAGAUCACAUGUUCGACAGAAGCUAACAAGAUGAUUGAAGGUUCGUGCAAUGGCUCUGAUCACUGUUGUCAGAGCUACAUGCCGAGAUUCGCGAGAGGGUUACGGAUAUCAGCGACUAAUAUAUGUCAGCCUAAGGCUUACAGCUCGUGCACCUACGGGUUUCUGGUCGAGAAUGGUGAGUAUAGCUUUCAGGAGUCGGAUAUUUCGUCUUCCUGGACGAAGAAAGAGUAUCCAGUAGUGCUUGACUGGUGGGUAGGCAAGGGAAGAUGCCGAGUAGAAGCUAAAGAUCUGGAUUCCUACGCUUGUAAAAGUGAACAAAGUGUUUGCUCGGAUUCAGACAAUGGACCUGGCUACGUCUGCAACUGCAGUGAUGGUUACCGAGGUAAUCCCUACCUAAGAAAUGGCUGCCAAGAUAUCAACGAGUGUGAGGAUCCUAGCUUAAAUGAUUGCAUCAGACAAGAAAACUGUAAGAACCGAGAAGGAACUUACGUUUGCAUUUGUCCCAAGGGUCAUCGGGGUGAUGGCAGGAAAGAUGGAACUGGUUGUGUUGCUAAUCCUCAGGUCAUGAACCUCCUGACCAAGAUUCUAGUGGGAACCAUAGUUGGAAUCUUGGUGUUGCUUCUGGGUUUUUCCUCGGUGUAUUGGACACUUCAAAGGAGGAAGAUCUUCAAGAUGAGAGAGAAGUUCUUUGAAAGAAAUGGCGGGUUCUUGUUACAGAUGCAACUCUCGAGGCAGAACCGUUCCAGCUCCCAGACCCGAGUUUUCUCUGCAGAGGAACUCAAGAUAGCUACAGAAGAUUACCAUGAGAGCAGAAUCAUUGGACAAGGUGGACAAGGGACAGUUUACAAAGGAGUAUUACCUGAUAACCAGAUAGUGGCUAUAAAGAAAGCCAAGAUUGGAGACUGCAGCCAAGUGGAAGAGUUCAUCAAUGAGCUGCUUGUUCUUUCACAGAUCAACCAUAGAAAUGUGGUUAAGCUCUUAGGAUGUUGUCUAGAGACAGAAGUACCGCUGUUGGUUUACGAGUUUAUAACCAACGGGAAUCUUGCCGACCAUAUUCACGACCGUAGCAGCCGUCCAUUUGUCAUUUCGUGGAAAACCCGCCUCAAGAUCGCUACCGAGAUUGCAUCAGCCCUUUCGUAUUUGCACUCUGCAGCUCUAGUUCCGAUCAUUCAUCGGGACAUCAAGUGUGCCAACAUUCUUCUAGACAAAAACUACACAGCCAAAAUAUCCGACUUUGGAUGUUCUAGGUUAAUCCCGAUGGAUAAAGAACAGUUAACCACACUCGUGCGAGGAACUCUCGGGUACCUAGAUCCCGAGUACUUCCAGACAAGCCACUUGACUGAAAAGAGUGAUGUUUACAGCUUCGGAGUCGUCCUGCUCGAGUUACUCAGCGGAGAAAAGGCGCUUUCUUUCAGCAGACUGGAAUCAGAAAGACACCUCGUCACGAGAUUCGAUUUUGCAAUCGGCAAAAAUCACUUGGCUGACAUUCUUGACCAGAGAAUUUCGGGCAAUGGAAAGGUAGAGCAGUUCAGUAGAGUGGCUCACUUGGCGAUGAGGUGCUUGAGAAUCAGGGGAGAGGAAAGGCCGACGAUGAAGGAAGUGGCAGUAGAACUCGAAGGUCUAAGGGAUUCAAAGAAUGUAUUCGGCAGAAGGACAGAUCACAUCAGUUUUAUGUUCAAUAGUACAAAAAGUGAUGAAGUAUGGACAAUAUGAAGAAACCUAUUCAUGCCUGAUUAGCUUAA